AGAUAUCAUUUGUUUACAAUCAUGAACACGAUUUAUAAUAAUUUAGAAAUUAAUAACUAUAACAAUUUGUUAAAAGUUGAAGGUCGCUUUAGAUGUGACAAAUGCAAAUCAUCAAGGAAAUUCUUCUGUUAUAAAUGCAGUUGCCCACAUCCGGAAUAUGCUGACAUAGUCCCAAGGGUUGAGCUUCCUAUUCAAAUUGAUAUCAUAAAACAUCGACAAGAAGUGUUUGGAAAAUCGACAAGCUCUCAUGCUAAAAUUAUUUCACCAGAUCAAGUUAAUAUUUACGAAUAUCCUGAGAUUCCAGAUUAUUCAGCAGAAACAGGCGAUGUGAUUUUAAUCUUUCCUUCCUCAAAAUCUGUCAGCAUUUCUAGUCUUUUUAAAGGAAUCUCGACCUUUGAUUUUAAAGAAAAUUAUGGAUUAGAAAAAGGAUUUUUUAUUGGAACUCUUUUGAAGAAGAAUUUAGAUGAAGUGAUGAGUGAUAGUGAUCGAGAACGUCUUCAUAGAAAUGGUGAACAUGACGAGAAAAUCUAUUCUCGUGACAAUCUUCCAUUUAAAAGAGCAGUGUUUAUUGAUAGCACUUGGAAGCAAUGUAGAAGUAUUUAUAAAGAUCCAAGAAUAAAUUCUAUUAAAAGUUGCGUGAUUCAAAACAGAAAAACAAAAUUUUGGCGAACUCAAAAAGGUGCACCUGACUGGUAUCUAUCAACAAUUGAAGCUAUUCAUCAAUUUCUACUCGAAGUUCAUGUUAGUGCAUGGGGAAUUCAUCGUAACUACUACGAUAAAAGUUUGAAUGAUCUCGAACUUGACACAAGUUUCAUACCACCCACAAAGAUCUUCGAUGACAAUGAUAAUGGAGAGAAAUCGAUGUGUAAACCAUACAAUGGACAAUAUGACAAUCUUCUUUUCUUUUUCUCAUUCCUUCAUUGCAUUAUUCACUCACUCGACGAUGUAAAUGGAAAAUUAAAAAUGAUUGAGAAAUAA